UAACCGACAAACGCACACAUUCUUCAUACGUUUCCCAACAAAGCGACGCGACAAACCACAACCUACCUCUCCUCUCCACCAUUAUUUCCCUCUCUCUAAUCCACCAUGGCUUCGCAAGGAGACAACAACGACGAGGUGCGCAUAGGAGAAGAAGAAGAAGAAGAAGAAGAUCAGGAGGAAUUUGUUGGAUUGGAGAUGGAGGAAGGAGCUGGAGAUAGCAGCUUCAGCAACGACGAACCAGCUGAGGAAAUUAGGGAUCGAUUUGGGGCUUAUGCUGAGGUCAGAGCUCCGAUCGACGAUGUUUGCCCUAUAUGCUUCGACGGAUUCAUCCUUCCUUGCAGAUCAAACUGCGGCCACUGGUUUUGCGCCAGCUGCAUCAUCCAGCUCUGGAUGUUCCGAUCUUCGAUCCAACCGUGCAAAUGUCCGCUGUGCUAUUCACGGAUAGUCAACCUCAAACCAGAAGCUCAUCCGCCGCCAUUUCCUCCGACAGCUGCGGCGGCGGGCUACGAUACCAACGCUCUUAAAAAAGUGCACCACUACAACGGACUCUACAGCACCGGAUCGCCGGCGCUCCGAGCUUUCCAUCGGAUUCGGUCUAUUCCAAUUUUGUUGAAGAGAGCAUUCCGAGUUUUGCUAUAUCCCGAUGCCUUGAGAUGCACCUACUACAUUUUGCGCCUUCUUGGGUUGUUUUUCGCUCUACUCUACGAAAGAUGGGAGUUCGAGUUUGUGCCCUCUGGUGGAUUAGGGAUACGAAGAAUGUUUGACACGGGUGCCACUAUAAUUGUGGUAACGCUUUUUCUGGGCAGCGUUGGGUAUCCAUGGUUGUUUAGGCAUAUAAAUAUAAAUAUAUAAUCAACUAUACACCUUCCCGAUUUUAACUAACUUCAAUAAUAUGUAUACUAUUCUUGUAUUGUAUGUGAGUAGUACGGCGGCGCUGAUGAGGAUUUAUAAUUG